GGAGCUUUUAUUUUGAAACUCGGCUACUUCCGGAAGCUCUAUAGUCUCCACUGUGGCUAACUUCUAAUGUCUUCUAAUCCAUCCAUCAGACGGCGGAGUAAAAGGCGCCAGUGUUUCCUAAAAGAAAGAAAGGUCCCAAACUGCUGGGUGUGGUUUUAAACUCUGAAACCAAGCUACACAGAGCAGGUCGGGCAGAAGUGAGUGUGAAGAGAGCCUUUUCUAAACUCUGACAUGGACUCUGACAACAGUCACCAGCCGUCCUUUCACUGGUUCAUCCAUCAAGCUUUACCUCCAGACGUUCUGAAAGUGAUUGUUGGUGAAGAGGAGCAGCAGGAGUGUAGCUCCAGUGUGGACCAGCAGGAGCCAGAGCCCCCCCCACACAUUAAAGAGGAACAGGAGGAACUGUGGAGCAGUCAGGAGGGAGAGCAGCUUCAAGGGCUGGAGGAGGCUGAUAUCACCAAGUUCCCAUUCACUCCUGUCUCUGUGAAGAGUGAAGAUGAUGAAGAGGAAGCUCAGUCCUCACAGCUUCAUCACAGACAAACUGAGGAGAACAGAGAGGCAGAACUUCAGUCAGGUUCAAACUCUCUGAAAAAUGAUUCAAGAUGUAAAAAAACAUUUAGCUGCUCAGAAUGUGGGAAAACAUUUGACUUCAAGUCAUGUCUGAAGAGACACAUGAUGACUCACACAGGAGAAAAACCUUUCAGCUGCUCUGAGUGCGGGAAAUGUUUUACAGAAAGAGGAACUUUACGGGCACACAUGAAAAUCCACACAGGUGAGAAACCUUUUAGCUGCUCUGAGUGUGACAAAAGAUUUAGCCUCAAUAAACUUCUCAAGUCACACAUGAGAACUCACACAGGAGAGAGACCUUUCAGCUGCUUAUUCUGUGAGCAAUCUUUUGGACAGAGUGGAAAUUUACGGAUACACAUGACCAUCCACACAGGACAGAGGUCAUUUAUCUGCUCCGUCUGUAAGAAAACGUUUAGAGAUAAAGGAAGUUUAAAUAGACACAUGAGAGUCCACAAGGGACAAGAUUGUGUCCGCAUUUCGGGAUUUGGUGCUGGUGACAGACCAAUUAGCUGCUCUGAGUGUGGGAGAAGAUUUUGGACCCAGCAGAAUCUGAUGAGACACAUGAGAACUCAUACGGGAGAGAAACCUUUCAGCUGCUCAGUCUGUCAGAAAUCUUUUACAGAUAGUGGAAAUGUACGGAGACAUAUGAUAACUCACACAGGAGAGAAGCCAUUCAGCUGCAGUGUUUGUCACAAAACAUUUGGCUGGCGUCAACUGGUCAAAACACAUAAAUGUGUCGGUCGUCAGUCGUCACAGCUUCAUCAGAGUCAAACGGAGGAGAACAGAGAGGUAGAGCCUCCAGCAGGCAGAGAAACUCAACACAUGGAAACAGAAGCUGGUGGAGAGGACUGUGGAGGACCAGAACCAGCCAGGAACUCACAUCCACUUUUACAACCAGAGACUGAAGACCAGACUGGAGACUCUUCUGAACCUGAGACUGAUGACAGUGCUGAUUGGAAGGAGACCAGA